AUGCAUCCAGAUGAUAUUCCUAAGACUGCCUUCCGUACCCAUCAAGGCCACUACGAAUUUCGUGUUAUGCCUUUUGGUCUUUGCAAUGCACCUUCUACCUUCCAAACAGCCAUGAACAAGUUGCUCCAACCAUUUUUGCGUAAGUUUGUUGCUGUUUUCUUUGAUGACAUCCUAGUUUACAGCGUGUCACUCGAAGACCAUUUACAACAUCUUGAAUUGGUUUUUAAAGCUUUAAUCCAAGAGGAAUACUUUUUGAAACAUUCUAAAUGUUUACUAGCUCAGCGCCGUCUUGAAUACUUAGGGCACGUUGUCUCUGCUGCUGGUGAUUGCCCUGACCCUUCCAAAAUUCAAGCAAUGUUAGAUUGGCCCACCCCUACCAAUGUUACUGCCCUUCGUGGUUUUCUUGGCCUCACCGGAUUUUACAGAAAAUUCAUCCAAGGGUAUGCCUCUAUUGCAUCUCCCCUCACCUCUCUGCUACGUAAAGACUCAUUCCAUCGGAAUCCGGAAGCCACCAUUGCCUUCAAUGCCCUCAAACUAGCCAUGACCUCUGCACCAACCUUAGCCCUUCCCAACUUUACCAAACCAUUUAUCCUUGAAAUAGACGCCUCUGGUAUAGCCAUGGGAGCUGUACUAAUGCAAGACUCCCACCCAAUUGCAUUCUUCAGUAAACCGUUUUGCCCGCGACUCCAAAAGGCCUCAACCUAUGUUAGAGAAUUACAUGCUAUCACUACAGCAGUCAAGAAGUGGAGACAAUACCUUUUGGGUCACAAAUUAAUCAUUUACACCGAUCAUCAAAGUCUCAAAGAAUUACUCACCCAAAUAGUUCAAACCCCUGAACAACAAAUUUAUCUGUCAAACUCAUGGGUUAUGACUACACCAUUCACUACAAAACGGGCAAAACCAAUGUUGUGGCCGAUGCACUUUCCCGCCUUCCAGAGACACCCUCAGGAUAAUCGUAUCUGGCUUGAUCCUUCACUCCCAUUUUGCAAAUCAUUACUCGAAGAAUUUCAUAGUUCUCCCUCUGCUGGUCACAUGGGAAUUGCCAAAACUCUUGCUCGCUUACAAGCAAAUUUUUGGUGGGAAGGUAUGCGUAACCAUGUUAAACAGUUUGUCACUGGCUGUUCCAUUUGUCAACAAGUUAAAUAUGAAACAAAGAAACCAUCUGGCCUCCUCCAACCUCUACCCAUCCCACAUGCCAUUUGGGAAGAUUUGUCUCUGGAUUUCAUCACCGGCUUACCACCAUCCAAUGGUUACAGUGCUAUUCUGGUUGUAGUCGACCGAUUCUCUAAAAGUGUUCACUUGGCUGCUCUUGUCCCACAUUACACUGCACACAAAGUGGCAUUACUAUUCUUUGAUACUGUCUACAAACUUCAUGGAAUGCCACGCAGUUUAGUAUCCGAUCGAGAUCCUUUAUUCAUCAGCAAGUUUUGGCGUGAAUUAUUCACACUCUGUGGCACCCAACUUCGUAUGAGCACUGCUUACCAUCCCGAAACCGAUGGACAAACGGAAGUAUACAAUCGUGUUUUGGAACAAUAUCUGCGUUCCUUUGUUCAUCACAAACCCUCCCAAUGGUCCAAAUUCCUCUCCCUUGCUGAAUGGUCCUAUAACACAUCAGUUCACUCAUCAACUGGACACUCCCCUUACCAGAUUACAUUUGGCAAAACACCACCAACCAUCCCACAAUAUAUCCAAGGCCAAUCCUCCAUCGAAGCUGUGGAUUCCAUGCUAGCCAACCGCCAACAACUUAUCAUUACUUUAAGAUAG